CUUCUUUCCCUCCAUCCCUUCCAUCGCUUGACUUCUUCUUUCUUGUUUAUCCUACAUCAAAUCGUCCCAGUCACUCGUUUGGACUUGCCUUUUUAAUUCUCACACUCGCUUUUCCGCACCUUACCUCGAUCUAUUCAACGUAUUACGUUUAAUUCGCCCAUUCUCCAGUAGCCAACUCGCAAAUUCAUCACAAUGAAGGGCUCCAGCAUCGCGGCUGCCCUCACUUUGAGUGCUUCUACUGUUCUCGCUGCGCCUAAACUGGCUGCCCGCGACGACGUCACUCCUAUCACCGUCAAGGGUAACGCUUUCUUCAAGGGUGAUGAUCGUUUCUACAUCCGUGGUGUCGACUACCAGCCCGGCGGCUCCUCAGACCUCUCUGACCCCAUCGCCGAUGCGGAAGGCUGCAAGCGUGACAUUGCGAAGUUCAAGGAGCUUGGCUUGAACACUAUCCGUGUUUACUCGGUCGACAACUCGAAAGAUCACGAUGAGUGUAUGAACGCCUUGGCUGAUGCUGGCAUCUACCUUGUGCUGGACGUCAACACUCCCAAAUACUCUAUCAACCGUGCAUCCCCGGAGAUCUCGUACAACGACAAGUACCUCCAGUACAUCUUCGCGACCGUCGACAAGUUCGCCAAAUAUAAGAACACCUUGGCUUUCUUCUCCGGAAACGAAGUCAUCAACGAUGGCCCUUCCUCCAUCACUGCUCCCUAUGUUAAGGCUGUCACCCGUGAUCUCCGCAACUACCUGAGCGCCCGCAACUACCGCAAGAUUCCUGUUGGAUACUCUGCUGCUGACGUCGACACCAACCGUCGGGAAAUGGCCGAGUACAUGAACUGCGGUACUGAUGAGGAGCGAAGUGACUUCUUCGCCUUCAACGACUACUCUUGGUGCAGUCCCUCUUCCUUCCAGAAGUCCGGCUGGGACCAGAAGGUCAAGAACUUCACUGGCUACGGUCUUCCCCUUUUCCUUUCCGAGUACGGAUGCAACACAAACACCCGUGACUUCGGCGAGGUUGAGGCUCUUUACUCCACCAAGAUGACUGGCGUCUACUCUGGUGGCCUUGUUUACGAAUACUCCCAGGAGCCCAGCGACUACGGUCUCGUUCAGAUCAAGAACGGCAAGGUUACUGAGCUCGAUGACUUUGACACCCUGAAGGACGCUUUCUCCAAGACCUCCAACCCCGAAGGCGACGGUGGCUACAACAAGACUGGCGGUGCCAACCCUUGCCCCGCCAGGAACGCCCCCAACUGGGAUGUUGACUCUGAGGACGUCCUCCCUGCGAUGCCCGAGCCCGCCAAGAAGUACUUCGAGAACGGUGCUGGUGAGGGUCCUGGCUUCUCCGGCCCUGGUAGCCAGAACGCCGGUACCCCCUCCACUAGCAACACCACCAAUGGCGAGGGCAACACCGUUUCCGGCUCCGGCUCUUCGAGCGGCUCGUCCGACCCUACCGACGACGCCGCUGCUGGCCUCCACAUCCCAAGCAUGACCAUGGCCCCCGUCUUUGUUGGUCUGGUGACCGUCCUGUCGAGUCUCGUCGGCGCUGGUGUUGUCUUUUUCUAAAUUGAUAGAAGCUAGUUUGUCUUAUCGCAUUUAUUUCUCUCGGAGUUCUUCUUUUCUGACAGGCCGGAUGGUAUUGUAUUGAUUUUGCCCGGACCAUCGUACCCUCACAAGGCCACCACAGUUGUACAGUUGGAUGGUACCUUUGUUAGCCACUUUUAGUGCCUGAGUAUAGACUCGUAAUAAAUGCCUCAUGUUCAUUCAGACUUGAACCGCAGCCAUCCUGGCAUUUUGUUAUAAACGGCAGAAUA